AUGCUUUUAUCAUUCCUUAAAAAUGUAAAAAAUAAACCUUUUUUGGAGUAAAGUUUGUUAUUAUUGAAAUAACAUCAAACUUGUUACUAUAAAUCCAUAGAGUUGGCUAAAAUAUAGUCACCCACUUUAUAAUUAAUUAUUAAGGGGCUCUUUCAAUUAAUUAUUAUUUUUUAUAAAACGGAUAGAAUGAGAACAAAACAUCUAGUUUUAUUAGGUGUUAUCAUAAUGCAGGGUAUGAUAUCUUUAAAAACUGUUUAGUUUGCUUUGUGUAAGCAUUGCACUAUGAUUUGACAACACUUCUUGAUUAAUAAAAUGAAGUUGACUGUGAAAAUACUGAUUUUGUAUAGAUGCUUUAAGACUUUGAUUCUUGGAGUGAAAUAAUAGAAUUAUUAUAAGGAGGAUAAUUGGAUGCAGAAAUGAAACAACUACAAGAACUUUCUGAUUUCACUAAUGAAAUGAUAUCAGGUAAAUCUUUUGACAAAAAAUUAGCUAAUCCAAAUGAUUUGAUGGAAGACUAAUAAUAUGAUGAGUAGUUAGAGUAAAUGGAUGAGCAAUUAUAAACAAUUCAGAAUUAAUAUAAUGGUCCUCAAAGAAAAUUCUUAUUUGAAUAAAGCAGACAAAUUUCAGACUAAAUUAGAAGAGUAAUUGAAUCAAGUAUAAUAUAAUAUUAAUGAUUUAAUAGGAUCUUUUGAAUAAAAGAGAUCAUAAUUGGCAAUGUUAUAUGGAUUGAUUGAAUAUUUAUUGAAAUAAAUUACUAGAGUAUAAAACCAAUACUAAUAAACAACAUAACCUAGAGCCUAAUCAGUUUAAUCAUAAUCAUAACCACAAUCAGUUUAAUCAUAACCAUAAUAAAGAAUAAGAGAAUAAAAAGAAAGAAUAAUUGCCAUAAAAGAUAAAUGUGGUGAUAGAUAUUAAUAAAGAAAAGUGUCUAAAUAAAGAGUAGUUCCAGGAAAUUACAGAUAAAAUGAUCAUCCAGUACCUGAAGAAGUAGGUUGUGACAUUCCUUUUCCAUAAUAAAGAUAACCAAAAUGUGUUGUUGGAUCAGAUAUAGUAUUAACAAGUUCUAUCUCUGCUGAUUAACCAACCGUUUCAACAGAAGUUAAGAAAUUAAAGGAUGUUAAUGAAUAUGGUUUUGGUUUUUGGAUGAGAUUUUUAACAUUGUAUCCAGAAUAAUUGUAAAGCGGUUUAACUGACUAAUCUUACUUUGUCGCUAAAUUAACAAAGAAUUAAUAAGAUGGUGAUGAUAAGAUAGGCGACAGAUUAUUAACUAUAUUCUAAACUUAAGAAUAAUAUAUUUUUAGUGCUUAACAUGAUAAACCUGAAAGAAAAGAAGCUACAGCUGCUAUUGUUUUUGGAGAUAUUGAAGCUGUUUGGACAUACGUUUAUUACAGUUACUCAGCUUAUCAAUAAUAAGCUAUUGGUUUCUAUAAACAAUCAAACAGUCAAUUAGUUAAAUAAGUUACAUUACCAGCAUCUUAAGGAACUCCAUAAUAUUUGAGAUUUGUUUUAGGAGGUUAAUAUUUCGAUUUCCCAGGAUUUAAUGGAUAAAUAAGCAGACCAGUAUUAGCAAUUGGUUUGGGAACAUAUUUAAUUAAUGAAUAAGAAUUUUUGUAAUAUGCUAUUUCAUGCAAUCCUUAACCAUAUGUUGCACCAUAAAAAUUAGUUCCAUAUUAAUUUGCCAGAGAAUCCACAUAUGUAGAUAUUGAAGAUAAUAAUGCACCACCUACAUAAGAAUUUAUUGACUUAUUAUUACCUGAUGAAUAUGCAGUUUAAGGUUGGUUUAAAUGGGAAGAAACAGAUUUGUAAGAAAAUUGGCAUACAAUGUUCAGAUUAUCAAAUACACCAUUAAGAAAAUAAUAAAUUUUAUUAGGUGAAAGAGUAUUAGCUGCUUGGUUAGGUAAACCAAAAGGUGGAUAAAUUCACUUUUCAACUUAUUCUUAUGCAAAUAUGAAAGGAUCUGGUAACCCCAAUGCUCAUCAAUAUGUCUAACAUUAAGAUUAACAUUUACACUGGCAUUUUGUAUAUUUUGGUUACAGUAGAGAUUAAAGAAAGGCAUAUGCUUAAGUCUUAUUUAAACAUGUUCAUGCUAAAUCUUUAAGUUUCGUCAAUGUUAAUCACUUUGUAUCACCAAAACAUUAUUUCUAUUUUGGAAGAGAGAGACAAUUCCCAGUUUACAGUGGAUUUAUGGCAUAUCUUGAAGUAUUCUUCUGUAAAGGAUCUUAUUUAACAAAUGUUAAACCAGCUUUAAGACCAAUACCAACACCACCUCCCCCUAAAAAGAGAUGUGUUGAAGGACCAAAUAGAAUUAUUAAUGCAAAAUAUGAUAAAGGUCCAGUUGUUCAUGUUGAAUUACAUAAAGAUGAUUUGAAAGACACUACUUAAUAUGGUUAUGGAUUCUGGUUCAGAUAUACUGGUUUGGCAGGUGGAUAAAAUGAAAAUAGUAGACCAGAUUGGUCAUUGAUUGCCCGUCUUACAAAUAAGAAAGAAACACCAAAAGAUAUUAGAGAUGGUUUAUUAACCAUUUUCUAAGGAAAAGUUGGUUUCUUCUAUAUCACUGCUAAUAAUAAAGCUAAGAAAUUAGUAGAAUUAGCUUAACCAUUUGGAGAUAUUGAAGGAGUUUGGAUUUACACUUAUUUCAGUUAUACUAGAUAUAAAGCUAUUGCAUUCUAUUAGAUUGAGAACUAAGCACCAAUUACCUUAGAAGCCAAAGUCACACAUCCAAGAAUGGAAUAAUUAUUAUUCUAAGUUGGUGGAAAAGAUCCAUAAGAUAGAUAUUAUUCAUUUAAUGGUUAAUUCCAUAGACCAGUUUUAAGAUUAGGAUCAGGAUCAUUCUUUGAUACAUUAGAAGAAUAUAAUCCAUUCUGUUUAAGUUGCAAUCCUCAACCAUAAAAGGAUUGUUCAAGUAAAGGUUUGAUUAGAGCAGUCUCAGCCAAGGCUUCAUAAUUCAAUGGAAAUCCAGUUAAUUCUGGUGAUAGAUUUGGAACAACUGAAUAAUAUUCUGUUUAAGGAUGGUUCAAAUGGAAUGGUAAGACAUCUGAAAAAGAUUAAUUAUUAUUCAGAUUAACAUCUACUCUUGCUGGUGAAGAUACACUCAAUUUCGAUACACUUAGUUGUUACUUUGAUACUAGAGAUUAAACACUUAAUUUCUAUACUUAUACAUACACUGAUUAAUUAGGGUAAUUUUAUAUAAUUAUAUUAUUAGAUCUGGAAAUCCUGAAGUUAGAUAGAUUGUUGAAGGUAAGACUUUUGUCAAAGAUUGGUUCCAUAUUUACUUUGCUUAUUCUAGAAAGAGUAGAUAAGCUGAUGUCAUAGUUGAACAUUCAUAAGGAAAGGGAGCAUUAUCAUUCAAGAAUGUCAAUCAUUAUGUUGCUCCAUCCCUUAUUCUUUAUUAUGGAAAAGAUUAAUUAACUGAUGCUUUCUAAGGAUUUAUUCAAGGAUUAAAUCUUUUUGCUUGUGACAUCACCUAUUAACCAACUCCAAAGCCAGUUGAAGAUUGCACACCAAUGAAAGAGUAUUAAAAUCUACUUAUUUUUAUAGUCCAAUCUGUUUAGCUGGUGAUUAAUAUGAAAAUGUUUCAUUAACUAAUAUUGAUAAUGUUGUUUAAGAAUUAGAGAAAAGAAAGUAAUUGAUGUAAGAUAAAUAAUUUGUUUUGCCAACAACUUAAUGUUUCUGUUUCCCAUAAUAAGGAAAGAAAGUCCUUCCAUAAAGAUAAGAAGGUUUGCUUGAAAUUUAUGAUGAUGAUGAAGAACCUUAAGAAUAGGAUGCCAUAGAAAUAUGA